UCUAAGUUGAUUAUCCGAAGGGUAUAGCCGUAUCGGGGAGGGAGAGGAAGAGUGUCAUUCGGGAUAUCUAGCGAGCUCUCUGCUGCUUUGGCCUCCAUGAAGCAAUUAGGUCCCCGGGAAAGCUAUCCGAUUCUAUCUCUAGUUUAAGAGGAGACCUCCCGCAUGGAUCUCUUACCGGUUAAUACCGUUUCAGCUUCCUUGCCAUGCGACUUUGUGUCGGCGCAACCUACUUUACGACGGAGGGGACCCUAGGAUUUCGAAGCUCUGACUUGUACAUAUUCAUUGGAUCCGCUAGAAGUAAUGGCUGGAGAAUCGCAUAGCGCACGAGGGCUUCUCUGCAACGCCGCUGCCGGCGCAGCCGCGGGUGUGAUUGCUGCGACUUUUGUGUGCCCAUUGGAUGUAAUCAAGACUCGGCUUCAGGUCCACGGGUUGCCUAAGCUCGCUAAAAGCAGUGGAAAAGGUAGUGUCAUUAUGGGAAGCCUUGAACAAAUAGUCCAAAGGGAAGGGAUGCGUGGUAUGUACCGUGGUCUUUCACCAACUGUGCUAGCACUACUUCCUAACUGGGCAGUUUAUUUUACCGUCUAUGAUCAGCUCAAAAGGUUGCUUUGUUCAAAUGAUGGGUGCAAACAACUUACUGUGGCUGGCAAUAUGGCAGCUGCAGCUGGUGCCGGAGUUGCAACAACAAUGUUAACCAACCCAUUGUGGGUUGUGAAGACGAGAUUUCAAGCUCAAGAACUAAAAGUUGGUUUUGCGCCGUAUCAAAAUACAACGGGUGCUUUAAAGAGGAUAGCACUUGAGGAGGGCAUUCGUGGGCUGUACAGUGGUCUUCUUCCAGCACUGGCUGGGAUUAGCCAUGUUGCAAUCCAGUUUCCAAUGUAUGAAAAAAUAAAAAUAUCCCUAGCCAAGAAAGAUGAUGCAACUGCCGACUCUCUCAGUGCUGGUGAUGUUGCCAUUGCCUCUUCUGUCUCCAAAAUACUUGCGUCAACCUUGACAUACCCGCAUGAGGUGGUCCGCUCAAGGCUUCAGGAACAGGGUCUCCACGCACAAAUGAGAUAUACAGGCGUGAGGGACUGCAUAAGGAAGUUUCCUGGCUUCUACUGUGGUUGCGCCACCAACCUUCUUAGGACGACUCCAGCCGCUGUAAUUACCUUCACCAGCUUUGAGAUGAUCCACAGAUUCUUGAUCAGGGUUUUCCCUCCUGAACAACAAACUCAAAUAAUGUAGAUUCUAAUCCCACAAAAAUUGUGAAGCUUCAGCCUUUCAUUCAUUCUGAAUGGUUGUGGUGGCGCAUCUAUAACCUUGUUUGAGUUGGGUAUUUAUUUGGGCUUUUAUUAUUGCAAUUGUAAGGAUAGUUACCAUAAUCUUUACAGAUAGGUAGGCGGUUAUGUUGCGCUACUUUGGCGUCAAUUAUUGCUUUAGAUUUAAUAAUUGUAUACAGAAAAUGGUACAGUAAAAUAUGAUGAUGACGAUGACGAAGUCCGGUUAUUGGCCUCCAUAUGUUCUCGAGGCUAAACAUCUCCCUAGUAAUGCUUUUCUACCGAAACAAAUAAAGAAAAGAUGUUUUUUUAUUUGAAUUUAUUGUUAUC